GGCGGGAUUUCGUCGGACGUCCUACUUGUGCGCGAAGCCCUCCGACUCGUGCAGUUCGUUUUCCUGGGUGAAAAGCUUCACGAGGCUAGGAAUGUCUGUUAAAAUCAGGUAUUUAUUAGGUUUAGCCACUUUGGCUUGCAGUGGAUCUGUCCUGGCUGCACCGGAUACAAGUACCACUAGUACUAGUACUGUUCCCUCUGCAUAUACGGUCCCAGGAGCAUUCCCAACCUCUCUCUACUCUCAUUACUACAAUGAUCCAACGGCCACCUCUGCGCAGCCUCAGCCAGUCAUUUCAGAUCCUGUUACGCAUGAAAUCUUUCCACUUUCCCUGACAGACCCGGAUAACAUUCCCCAGUAUGACACCGCGAAUCCCCAACUGCUUCCGCCCAAGGCAUCCUCCCAAAAGCUUCUUCAACAAGCAGUAGCGCAGAUCAAGUCUAUUGCAGCGAAUCCAAUGUUUAGUAAAUGUGCACAGUGCCAAGCCUCCUUAGAAGUGGCCAAGUUUCUUGCUCUCGCAGCUCCUGAACAAGGGACUAAUCUGGCUCUGACGCUUUGCGAGUACUUCAAUUAUUCAUCCUCAUGCGAGAAAAAUUAUGGACCCCUCGUCACGGGACCGAUUCUUACUCAAGUUCUAUCUUUCGCUGAUGUCGGAGGAUAUGACGGACAGUCGAUUUGCUCUCAGUUCCUUGGUUUAUGUCCAGCACCUGUGGCAACGACUCUCAAUCUCACUGGCUGGUUUGCCAAGCCAAAGCCCAACCCCCUUCCCCCUCCGAAGCAGCCCAGUGGCCAAUUGCUGAAAGUCCUGCAUAUUUCGGACCUACAUAUUGAUCCCCGUUACGCGAACGGUGCAGAAGCAAAUUGCACCAGUGGUUUGUGUUGCCGCGAGUCUGCUUACAAUUCCCUCAGCCCUCAGACACCUCUUCUUCCUGCACCACGAUACGGCUCGUUCCACUGCGAUUCUCCGUAUUCAUUGAUCACGUCCGUGCUGGAGGCCAUUCCACAGUUGACCGGAACUGAAUCAACUGGCUUCGACUUUACUAUGUUCACUGGCGAUAUGUUGGCGCAUGACCCAGAAAACCAGCAGUCUAGGGCUUACAACGAGUACUCUGAGGUCGUCCUCUAUGAUCUGUUCAAGCGCAUGCUCGGACCUGGCCCUACAUAUGCUACACUUGGAAACCACGAUACCUGUCUGCCAGAUCUAGCUUCGCCUUCCUCACUAGGAGGCGCUUUAGGCACACAGUUCAGCUGGCUAUACGACCACGUUACGGCGCUGUGGGAGCAGAAAGGAUGGCUUCCGGAGGCUUCCGUCGAGUUUUCGCGUGCUCACUAUGCAGCGUACAUGGUCAAGCGUGCAGAUGGCCUGAGAGUGAUCAGCUUGGACACCAACUUAUGGUACAGGUCCAACUACUUUAAUUACAUUAACUCGUCCGAACCAGACGUUUCCGGAAUACUGAGGUUCCUUACGGAUGAACUUCAGGAUGCGGAAGAUGCGGGUGACCGAGUCUGGAUCAUUGGCCACGUCGUCAGCGGUUGGGACGGUUCAAAUUCGUUGCCGAAUCCUACAAAUCUCUUUUACCAGAUUGUCGAUCGCUUUUCCCCUCAUGUUAUUGCCAACAUCUUCUGGGGUCACACGCACGAGGACCAGCUAUCCAUCUUCUAUGCCAAUAAUGGUACAAAUAUGAGUGCUGAGACGGCUCAGACGGUAUCCUGGACUGGGCCGUCUGUGACGCCCCUCACCAACUUGAACUCCGGGUUCCGUGUUUAUGAAGUUGACUCAGCUACUUUUGAAGUGAUCGAUGCUUAUACCUGGAAGAGCUCCGUCAACGAUUAUCCUGCGCUAGACUCGCAAACUCAAUUCGGCCCUACUUUCGAGUUCGAGUAUAGCACUCGUGAGGCAUAUGGAGGAAACAUUACCUGGGGAGCAACUGACCCACUGAACGCGACCUGGUGGCAUCUUGUAACUGAACAGAUGGAAGCGGACCCGACUUUGGUGCAGAAAUUCAAUUUAUACCAAGGAAAGGGCUCGAUACUCAGUCCGCCAUGCACGGGCGCAUGCAUUCCUGCUAGGAUCUGCUACAUCCGUAGUGGCUCUGCUAGCAUUGCCAAGCAGAACUGCGUGUCAGGUUAUGGAUCAGUGCAGUAGUAGGUUAUCCCAAUCCUUUAUAUUGUCAUAAACUAUUUGCAAGUAGACACCUUGAAGUAGAGUCGUAUAAACGUCUAUAGUCAGAUGUCCAAUCGAAUGUUAUUAACAUUCAUAUAUUCAAGCACCUGCUAGUACACAAAA